UAUGACAAUUGACAUUUUAUCUCAGCGAUUUGUGUUUACGGUGGAUAUUAGUAAUUUCAGACUUGAGCGAAAUUUUUAAAUUAAGGAAUUUUAUUUUGAUACUUUUAUAUUGGACAAAAAAGAGGAAUUAAAUUUACAACAAAACAUAUUUAGCAGCAAAAAAGGGCAAUCAUGUCUUCACUUGCGGCACUCAAAAAGUUAAGACUGACACACUUAUGCAUAGCCAUCACCUUCUUCAUAUCUGGUCUGGUGAUCAAUCUGGUUCAACUAAUAUUGCAUUUAACAUUGAAACCCUUCAAUGUUGUCUUAUUUAGACGUAUAAUGUAUUAUCUUUGCUAUUCGUUAAACUCACAACUAUUAUUUGUUGCUGAGUGGUAUUCGAAUAGUAAAAUACAUGUUUAUAUGGAUGCAGAUGACUUGAAAAAUUUCAGUGGCAAAGAGCAUUGUUUGCUUAUAAUGAAUCAUGCAUACGAAAUUGAUUGGUUGGCCGGUUGGAUGUUUACCGAAAAGAAUGGCGUUCUGGGCAAUUGCAAAGCGUAUGCCAAAAAAGCCAUAUCAUAUGUGCCCGCCAUUGGUUGGGCAUGGUAUUUCGCUGAAUUUGUCUUUUUGGAACGUUCAUACGAUAAAGAUAAGGAAAUUAUUGCACGUCAACUCAAAGAAGUGUUUGCCUAUCCCGAUCCCACAUGGUUGUUGUUAAAUGCCGAAGGCACACGUUUCACACCGAAAAAACAUGAGGCUUCCGUUAAAUUCGCACAAGAGCGUGGCAUGACUGUUUUGAAACAUCACUUAAUUCCACGUACAAAAGGCUUCACCGCUAGUCUGCCAACAUUGCGUGGUCGCUGUCCAGCCAUCUACGAUGUUAGUUUGGCCUUUAAGAAGGAUGCAAAGAACCCACCGACUAUUUCUACCAUUUUAAAUGGCUUGCCAGUAGAAGGUUUUAUGUUCAUUCGUCGUAUACCACUUGAAGUUGUACCUGAGGACGAAACAGCUGCUGCUGAGUGGCUACAAAAUUUAUUCCGCGAAAAGGAUCGCAUUAUCGAUAGCUUCCAUACAACAGGCAGUUUCUUCGAAACCUCUGGAUUUAAGGAGGUGCCUGUAAAUCACUUUAAAUAUCGGCCAUACAAUUUAAUCAAUUUUGCGCUAUGGGCGGUAUUCACGAUAUCGUUAAUACUCUAUUAUUUGGUAUCCUCAUUUUUGUCACAAAAUUGGAUUGGUCUCUCUGUUGCGAUCGGCAUACUUUUAGCAAUUUACAUCAUGAUGGUGAAAUCAAUAAAUAUGUCAAAAAUCAGUAAAGCAUCUUCCUAUGGUUCUGAAACGCAGAACCACUUAAAAUCAAAUUAACGUUUCAACGUUCAGGCGAAAUUUGAUUGAGCGCAAAAAAUUCAGUGGGCGAGCGAGCGAGCAUCCAUAACAAAUUUUUAUCAAUGCGCACAUGCGUAGUUUAUAAGUAAAGCGUACAAGCGACAAGAUUGUAGCUUUCUACAGUCAUAGAUAUAAAAUUCAAAAGUUGGAGGUUUUUUAUGAAGAAAAAAAAAAACGCGCAAACUUUUUUUGUGUAUUUGAUAUAUACAUAUGCCCAUGCAAGUACAUUUGCUAAAAUAUAUAAAGAUUAUAUUUGCUAAAAUAUACAUAAAUAUCAAAGUCUCAGAUUAUAGAAAUGAUUUUGAAGAAAAUAAAAAACGAUAAAAUGUCCAAUUGAAGUUAAAUACAAUGGCAGUGAUAAUAUGUUUUAUUUUUUACUGAAUGAAAAUUAUAUAAUUUUUAAACUGUUAUACUAUAGUGAAGUGGCACAAAGGAACAAUACAACCACCUAAUAAUAUUUAAGAUAAUUAGUAUAUAAAUUAUAUCAUUGUAAGAGUAUUACGAACAACUUCCUUAGGUCUUAUAAAUGUGUAAUAUUAUUUGAAAUUGACUUGAAAUAGGACGGAGGAAAUUUAUGCUAACUAAAUUUGAAAUAAAUAAAUAAACUUAAUGCAUAUAGUUUUUAUGCCAGAAAA